AUGGUCGGUAUCCCAAGGAGCAAAGGCUGUCGCAUAUGCGUCAAGCGUCGAGUCAGGUGUGACUUGACACGCCCAAUCUGCAAUAACUGCGCCAGAGGCAACCGACCCUGCCCAGGAUACGACUCCGAUCUGAGGAUUUACGAUGAAGGCUCAAAACUCCGAAAGCGCUUUGGUCAAGGGGAUGAAUCAGAGUCGAGGACCGAGUCCGACAGCGUGUCGCCAUCUACGAGCCAUCAAAGUCAGUCAACAGAGUCUUCGCCCGAAGGUUCAACCGACCUAAUCACCCGUUUCAAUACGCCGGAUCUAGAAGCACGUCACUAUCGACCCAGCCAAGUGCUACCGGCUCGUAAUACCUUUUUUAACAUGCUAGAGAGCCAGAUAUAUCCUGAUUCCGAUCUUUGGGGGGCGACAAUUUCAACAACCGGCUGGGGCGGUCCUCUCGGUGACGACUCAAUCUACCUGGAGAUCCCGUCAAAAAUGACACUCAAUAACCCCAUCUACUCUCCCAACCUAGUACAAGAACAACUUCUCAACACCUUUUCUUCCUCGUUGGGGGGCCACGGUCCACUUUUGCUUCCUCGUCAGAUGCGAAGCCACCAGAAUUGGCUGGCCCAGUUACCUGCCCUUUUCGGUACAAAACUCCUCGAUACGGCGGUUCGCGCAGUCUCUUUGGUUCAUUUGAGUCGAACGCAACGGACGGAUGUAUUUGUGCAAGAAUCAAGACAAUACUACGGCAAAGCGUUGCGUCUUCUCAAUCAGUCGCUCACUGAUGAUACCAAGGGGAUGUCGACCGAGACGCUGUCUGCAACGAUUCUACUUUCAUUCUACGAGAUGUUUGCUUCCGACUCGAAUCAGUCCUGGGUGCGCCAUGCUGGUGGCGCCGGGACAUUGAUGCGCAUUCGUGGACCAGACCGUCACCUAGCAGGACUGGAUCGGGAUGUCUACCUUGCUUACCGCCAUACCAUCGUCAUUGAUGCCUUCAUGAGAGGAGAAGCCUGCUUUCUAGCCGAGCCCCAAUGGAUAGAAAUGGCCAAGAAGAUUCAUGAAGAUCUACGAGCCACUGGUAUUCCUGACGAGCGAAUGGGGAUUUUCGACCUCGCCGAGGAGUUCUACAUGGAGCACAUCUUUAUUCCAAAGACUUUACGCGAUUCUCGGAAUUUAGGCGAGGCACGACGGAAGUUGCCCCCCGACCAAUAUGCGGCCCAUUUAGAGACGCUCCUCGCAAGGACGCGAUUGCAUAGAGCCAACCUCAAAUCUAUCAAUCUAAGACUCCGAGCAGCCCUGAAGCAACAAGGCCUCGAAACCUUGUCAAUGGAAACCAUGGAUCCCGUCUUUCCAAAACAGUACAUCUUUGUCAACGUAUUUGUUGCGUCAACCCACGUUGGCUAUUGGACAAUCAUGGUCAUCCUCAACCUCAUUUUAAAGGACAUCGAAAAAGAUGUCGCGCCCGAGAAGCACGACCUGUACCUUAUGGAGAAUCGGGAAAUUGCUCGAGAGAUGUGUCGGACUGCGCCGUUCAUGUUGACAUCAUCUUUUCUGGGACCGUUUUUUAUCAUCUUCGCUCUCAGACUGUGCUUGAUGGUGUUCGAGCCUGGACUAGAAAGAGAUUGGGUAGUACAAAAACUCAUCCAAAUUGGUGAUACCCAUAUGAGAAUGGCCUCGGACAUCCCACCAUUUGACCCAAAGUCAACCUUUUAUGACUAG